UGACCAAAAGAACAUGGCUUCGCAUGCGUUGUCUCAAAUGCUCGAUGAGCUAAUGGGUAGAGAUAGAAACUUAGCACCUACAGAGAAACGAGAUCAAGUUCACUGGAAUGACCCUGAAGUGUGCAAGCACUUCCUUGUCAAUUUUUGUCCACAUGAACUUUUCACCAACACAAGAGCGGACUUGGGUCCUUGCACAAAGAUGCAUGAUGAAGCACUUAGAAAAGAGUAUAACAAAAGUUCUAAAUUUGGGAAGAUGGGAUAUGAAGAUGACUUUUUGCGAUUUUUGCAAGGUCUUAUUUCUGAUGUAGAAAAGAGAAUUCGUAGAGGGCAUCAGAGACUGGCUUUGAAUAACUCCCAGGGCAGUCUAAGUAGUAAUUUGAAUUCUUUGAAAGAUGACAAAAUAAAGAUGCUGACGGAGAGAAUUGCUGAUCUUGUACAACAGGCUGAAGAAUUGGGAUGUGAAGGUAAAGUAGAGGAGGCUCAGGGAAUGAUGAAACUUUGUGAUCAACUUGAAGAAGAACGAAGGGAAUUGGAGAAUAGUAAGCUUGCACAGCAAUCCAAUGAACCGGAGAAGACGAUGGAGGUGUGUACAGUGUGUGGAGCUCUACUGGUGGUAGGAGAUGUACAGCAACGUAUCGAUGAACACUUGAUGGGAAAACAGCAUGCUGGCUAUGCUAGGAUCAGGGCCUAUGUGGAUGACUGGAAACAGAAAAAGAAUCAGACUGAUGAGGAGAGAGAAGCUCGGCUGAAAAAGGAGAGAGAAGAAAGGGAAAAGGAAAGAGAAAAGGAAAGGGAAGAAAGGCGACAAAGAGAGAAAGAAAAGGAGAAGGAGAGAGAAGAACGAGAGAGAGAAAGAGAGGAAAGAGAAAAGAGGAGACGUGAGGAAAGGGAAAAAGAAAGGGAAAAGGAACGCUCCAGACGAAGAAGAUCCCGUAGUAGGGACAGGCAUCGUAGGUCAAGAAGUCGGGGACGAAGAUCACGAAGUAGGUCAAGGGAUCGUCACCGUUCUCAUCGCAGAAGAUCAAGGUCAACCUCCAGAUCUCGCACAAGAGACCGUGACUCAAAACGUCGCAGUAGGAGCAGUGAGAAAAGCAAGGAUAAAAGAUCCAGAAGUAGGGAUAGAAGGGAAUCGAGGGACAGAAGAUCCCGAAGCAAGCGAUCAAGAAGUCAAGAAAGGUCAAGUGACAGGAAAUCUGGAGAUAGAAGAGAAAAGUCAUCAGAUAGAAAAUCAAAGGAGAAAGACAAUGACAGAAGAGAUGAAGAAGAAAACAAAGUAGAUGAAGUCGGCAAUUCUUCAAAUGAUGCAAAUGAACAACAGUCCGAGGCUUUGAGUGAGAAUGCUGAUAGUCAGGAUGCUGUAGCUAAUGAUGUGGAGGCUGAGGACAGCUAGAUAUUGAGGUGACAUAAUCUGUGUCAGUUGACACCUGAACAGUUUCCUAGAUACCUUUGCGAAAAUAGCUUCAUGGUUGUGUAGAAGCUUGGAUUGACUAUACUGUCAGUGAUACUUAAAAACAUCUUGAUACAUUGCCAGGUAUGCCUGUAAUGAAAGGAACACUGUUGGGUGUAAAAAAAAAAAAAUGGGUUACAUUAUUCUUAACUUGUAUGUCAAAGAACUUCUUUUAGAAAACGAAAGUUAUGAUCCAAAACAGAAAAAAAAAUUUAAUUAGGAUUAUCAUAGGUGAAUUAUUCAAUUUUAGAGAGAAAAAAAAAAGGAUGACAACUCAAUUUAGAUUUGAUUUUUACAAGGAAAAUGAGACAAUGUGAUUUUCCUUGUUUUGGUGAAUUAAUUGCAAACCUUUUUAGUUAUGAAUUUAGUGUGUUCCUGCAUGGAAGAAAUCCGAAUUUCUGCGUAUGUUAACUUUUGAGUUUUUCUGUAGAAAUAUUCAACUUUAAAAUGGGUUAUUAUUGUAGCAUCAUCCACUUUGUGAGUCUGAACUUUGGGUUGCCACAAUAUGCUAAAA